CACGAAAACCGUUAUGAUAUCAAAUAAUGAUAAGCUUAAACUCCAAGAGAGUUCUGUGGAAGACCACAAUAGAGAGUGAAACUGAAAGAGAGAGCCAAAGAGAGUGUAAAACCCCAAAAUUCCCCACAGGAUACUCCAAAACACUAUAGCUAUGAUUUUAGUCUCACUUAAGUUAUAUACAUACAUGUAUUCCACAAUAUUCUGUGUUUUGAAAUUGUAUGCUUUAUUUUUCUAUUUGUUUUUGCUUUUCGGUAUCUUCAUCGCUCUUCAUACACACAUUUUAUAUUUUUUCUCACCAAAAAAAGGUAUGCAAUCCGCUCAGCUUUUUGGGACAAGUUAGUACAUUUUCGGGAUUUGCCAGGAUGUAAAGGACUGAAGAAAAUGGCACGGACUUUUUUUCUCGCCUUACAUUCUGAUGUAUAGUGUACCUCUCCAUAGUUAUAUAUGUAUACAUAAUUAUAUAUGUAUGUUUAAAUAAAUUCUUAUACAACUUGCUCUGCAUUGCGAUACACGCGAUUAAAAUAAAAAAAAUACGAAAUAAACGUUAAAAUUAGUGUUGCAUACUUUCGGGCAUAUAACACGGGAUCGGUAAAAAAAAUCGAAAUUUGAGCAGAGCUUAAAAAAAAUAACGGGCUAAGGGUUAUCCCCUUUCCAAAAUAGCCCCGAUUUCGAACCAAUUUCGGUUUUUGUAUUGUUUUGAAAAUUUUGAAAAACCGCUCGCUUUUCAAUGGAUUCGGGUCGUUUCAAUCUAACCUCACUCCUCCUCUUCUGGAUAAAAUAGUGAUAUUAAAAAAAUUAAAUAAAAAAAUAUUAAAUUUAAUAAAAAUCAUUAAAAAAAUGUGUAAAAUUCCAUAAAUUAAAAUGUAAAUGAUCGACAAAAUAAUCCAAAAAAGUGAAUUUAUAAAUACCAAAGAAAAAAUUACAAUCUCAUCUAAAGUGUACUUGGCUGCAACAACAACACAAUUAUUAAAUUAUAUCAACAAAACAACAAAAUUCCAUUAAAUUUAAACCAAAACCUUAUAUAGAAAACAAUAUAAAUAUAAUUAUUUACAACAACAAAAAAUAAUGUUUCAUACCAGGUAAUACCCCAUAAUUAACUCAAUCCCCCUUCUUCUCUCUUCUUUUUUUUAAUUCUGCAUCCCACAACAACCACAUUCAACAAAAAAUAAAAUUAAAAAAAAAAAAAAACAACCACAAAACCAAUGCUGCACAACAACAACAAAAUUAAUCACACAUCGGAAACCAUUUUUUAAUGAACCUCGACGUGAACCGAACGAAAUGCUUUCACACGCUUUAAACAUAUAAUUUCGCUCUUCAUCAAAAUAAUAUCGUCAAUAUUGGAAAAUUAUAUAUUGAAUUCAACAUUACUGCUGCGAUUAAUUUCAUCCCCUCUUUGCUGAUGAAUACAAAUUUAUAAAAAAAAUUAUAUACACAUAAUUUUAUCGAUGUAAAAUCACAACAUCCCAUGGUUGUUGUAUUUAUUUAAUUCGAUAUCUUCCUGCUGCACUGUAUAUAAUUUUGUUUUAUUCCGCAAAACAUAUAUAUCACAUAUCUGUUCACCUAACUAUAAUGAUGAUGAUGACAUCGCAUUUAUUAACUCACCUCGUUAUAACUGAUGAUUUUCGGCUCAAAAAAAUGUCCUUAACAAAUGAUUGAAUAUCCUUAAUAAAAAAUUAGAAAAAAAAAAGAAAUUGAAAACUGAGCGAAAACUAUAUGAUUCAAAAUGAAUAUUCAACAUGAAAAUAAAGCAAAAAUUUAUAAAUAAAAAAGAAAGCUAAAGAUAGCAGAAAGAAUUUAGAAAGAAUUCAAGAAGAAAUUUGAAGAAGAGAAGACAGAUAAAAUAGAAAAUAGAAAACUGAGCGAAAAUCAUUGAUCUUUCCCCUUUUUGUCUAAAACUUAUCAUUUAUUUUCAUUUUAAGUAAAUGAUGGGGCUGCAAAUGGUAGUACUGCCAUCAGCUGCCAGUAUUGUUGCAGUCAUCUCAUUUAUACUGGUAAUCAUUGGAAGACCUGAUGUUAUUGAUGCAGUCCAUGCAAAUUUUUCGGAUUUUCCAUAUAUUCAAUAUUUGACACAUCCGCCGGAAAUCAUCAAGAAGCCAUUAAAUCAAGGUGUUCGUGUCGGAGGUGUAGCGAGUUUUUAUUGUGCAGCUAGAGGCGAUCCACCACCAUCGAUUGUUUGGCGUAAAAAUGGCAAAAAAGUUUCUGGAACCCAAAGUCGUUAUACAGUAAUUGAAACUGGUGGCGUAUCAAUAUUAAGAAUUGAACCUGUACGUGCUGGACGUGAUGAUGCACCUUAUGAGUGUGUAGCUGAAAAUGGUGUCGGUGAUGCUGUAUCAGCUGAUGCAACUUUAACAGUUUAUGAAGGUGACAAGACACCCCCAGGAUUUCCAGUCAUCACUCAAGGACCUAGUACUCGAGUAAUUGAAGUUGGUCAUACGGCUGUUAUGCAGUGUAAGGCAAUUGGAAAUCCACAGCCAACGAUAUAUUGGAUUAAGAAUCAAACAAAAGUCGAUAUGUCGAAUCCUCGAUAUUCCAUUAAAGAUGGAGGUCUUCAAAUUGAAAACAGUCGAGAAGAAGAUCAAGGCAAAUACGAGUGUGUUGCUGAGAAUUCUGUAGGCACUGAACAUUCAAAAGCAACAAAUUUAUACGUCAAAGUACGUCGUGUUCCGCCCACAUUUUCAAGACCACCAGAGCAAGUCAAUGAAGUUAUGUUAGGUGCUAAUUUAAAUUUAUCUUGCAUAGCAGUAGGUUCACCAAUGCCUCAUGUCAAAUGGAUGAAAGGCCCUCAAGAUCUAACACCAGAAAAUGAAAUUCCCAUUGGCCGUAAUGUCCUUCAAUUGACUAACAUCCAACAAAGUUCAAAUUACACAUGCAUAGCAGCAUCGUCCUUGGGCCAAAUUGAAGCUGUUGCUGUUGUUAAAGUGCAAUCUCUUCCAACCGCACCAACAGAUGUACAAAUAUCCGAAGUUACAGCGACAUCUGUUCGCCUAGAAUGGUCAUACAAGGGUCCUGAGGAUCUACAAUAUUACGUUAUACAGUACAAACCCAAAAAUGCUAAUCAGGCAUUUAGUGAAAUCAGUGGUAUUAUUACAAUGUUUUAUGUUGUACGAGCACUGAGUCCUUACACGGAAUAUGAAUUUUAUGUGAUUGCUGUGAAUAAUAUUGGACGGGGACCGCCAUCAAUUCCAGCGACAUGUACCACCGGUGACUUUACAUUUGGAGGUGCAAAAAUGGAAAGCGCACCGAGAAAUGUACAAGUCAGACCAUUAAGCUCAUCAACAAUGGUCAUUACAUGGGAACCACCAGAGACACCGAAUGGACAAGUGACUGGCUACAAAGUAUAUUACACAACCAAUUCUAAUCAACCUGAGGCAUCUUGGGAUUCACAAAUGGUUGACAAUAGCGAAUUAACAACAAUAUCCGAAUUGACACCGCAUGCUAUUUACACGGUACGUGUACAAGCAUAUACGUCAAUGGGUGCCGGUCCAAUGUCCACUCCAGUGCAGGUGAAAACACAACAAGGUGUCCCAUCGCAGCCCAGUAAUUUCCGGGCGACCGAUAUUGGUGAGACCGCAGUUACCCUGCAAUGGUCGAAACCGACACAUUCCAGUGAAAAUAUUGUACAUUAUGAACUUUACUGGAAUGAUACGUAUGCAAAUCAGGAUCAUCAUAAACGUAUAUCAAAUACAGAAUCCUAUACGCUUGAUGGUUUAUAUCCUGACACAUUGUAUUAUAUAUGGUUAGCAGCACGCUCCCAACGUGGCGAAGGAGCUACCACACCCCCAAUACCCGUCCGAACGAAACAAUAUGUGCCAGGUGCUCCUCCAAGAAAUAUAACUGCCGAAGCAACAAGUCCAACGACAAUCGCUGUAUCUUGGUUACCACCGCCCAUAGAACGUUCCAACGGUCGCAUUGUCUAUUAUAAAGUGUUCUUUGUCGAAGUUGGCCGUUCCGAUAGUGAAGCUACAAUAACAACCCUUAACGCUAGCAGCAUUGUUCUGGACGAAUUGAAACGAUGGACCGAAUACAAGAUAUGGGUUCUAGCUGGGACAUCAGUCGGUGAUGGGCCAAGAUCGCAUCCGAUUAUCUUACGAACUCACGAAGAUGUGCCUGGAGAUCCUCAAGAUGUUAAAGCUGCUCAAAUAAAUUCAACAUCGAUACAUGUUAGUUGGAAGCCCCCAUUGGAAAAGGAUCGCAAUGGCAUAAUUCGUGGUUACCAUAUACACGUGCAAGAAUUAAGAGAGGAGGGCAAGGGCUUCCUAAAUGAACCAUUAAAAUUCGAUGUUGUCGAUGCCUUAGAAUACAAUGUGACUGGCCUCCAACCAGACACCAAGUACUCCAUACAAGUUGCCGCACUCACUCGCAAAGGUGAUGGCGAUCGAAGUAAUGCCGUGAUAGUUAAAACCCCAGGCGGUGUACCAGUAAGACCGACAGUAAGUUUGAAAAUUCUCGAACGUGAUCCAACAGUAUCGAUAGAACUGGAAUGGGAACGACCAGCUCAGACUUACGGUGAAUUGCGUGGAUAUCGUCUGAAAUGGGGUAUCAAAGAUCAACCACUAAGAGAAGACAUGCUUCAAGGUCCUGGAAUAACUCGGAAAAAAUUCCAAGAUCUCGAACGUGGUGUAGAAUACGAAUUCAGAGUUGCAGGAAGUAAUCACAUUGGAAUUGGACAGGAAACUGUAAAGAUAUUGCAAACCCCGGAGGGAGUUCCAGCGGGGCCGCCGGCAAAUAUAUCGGUUCGGUUUCAAACUCCUGAUAUUGUGUGCAUUACAUGGGACCCUCCCACAAGAGAGCAUCGUAAUGGACAAAUUACUCGAUUCGAUGUUUUAUUCCACAAGAAAAUCGACCAUGGCCUUGGUUCGGAACGUAAUAUGACAGUUCGUAAGGCGGUGUUCACGAAUCUGGAAGAAAACACUGAGUAUAUCUUUCGAGUUCGAGCCUAUACCAAACAGGGAGCGGGUCCGUUUAGUGAGAAAAUUUUAGUUGAGACAGAGAGGGAUAUGGGCCGGGCACCAAUGUCGGUUCAAGCAGUGGCAACUUCUGAACAAACUGCAGAAAUCUGGUGGGAACCAGUUCCGUCUAGGCCCCAACUCUUGGGCUACAAAAUAUUCUACACGAUGACCGCUGUGGAGGACCUUGAUGAAUGGCAAACCAAGACUGUUGGCCUCACAGCCUCUGCUGACCUAGUAAACUUGGAGAAGUUUGCCCAAUAUGCUGUUGCAAUCGCUGCCCGAUUCAAGACUGGUCUAGGUAGGCUGAGUGAAAAGGUAACGGUCAAGAUAAAGCCUGAGGAUGUACCACUUAACCUCCGAGCCCAUGACGUUAGCACUCAUUCAAUGACCCUAAGUUGGUCCCCGCCAAUUCGUUUGAACCCAGUCAACUACAAAGUGUCUUUCGAUGCCAUGAAAGUCUUUGUUGACUCUCAGGGCUUUUCACAGACUCAAGUCGUAACAAAGAGGGAGAUUAUUCUAAAGCAAACCAUCCGCACGCACACAAUAAACGAACUGUCACCAUUUACAACAUACAAUGUGAACGUAAGUGCUCUCCCAGCUGACUAUUCAUACAAACCGCCCACCAAAAUUACUGUGACAACGCAAAUGGCUGCUCCACAGCCAAUGGUUAAGCCGGAUUUCUAUGGAGUUGUGAAUGGCGAAGAAAUUCUAGUUAUCCUACCUCAAGCUUCCGAGGAAUAUGGGCCGAUUUCUCACUACUACCUGGUGGUAGUGCCAGAAGACAAGUCCAACCUCCACAAAAACCCCGAUCAGUUCCUUACGGAAGACCUUCUUCCCGGUAGAAAUAAGCCCGAACGCCCUAAUUCCCCGUACAUAGCAGCUAAGUUUCCACAACGAUCGAUUCCCUUCACUUUCCACCUAGGAUCCGGUGAUGACUAUCACAACUUCACCAAUCGCAAACUUGAGCGGGACAAGCGCUAUCGGAUCUUUGUUCGUGCGGUUGUCGACACUCCUCAGAAGCAUCUUUAUACCUCAAGCCCGUUCUCCGAAUUUCUCUCGUUGGACAUGAGAGAAGCACCUCCUGGAGAAAGACCUCAUAGACCAGAUCCAAACUGGCCUUCCGAACCAGAAGUCUCCGUGAAUCGUAACAGUGACGAACCCGGUAUGCUCUGGGUUGUGUUACCGGUUCUUGCUGCCCUCCUCCUCUCAAUGUCCUUCGUGGUUGUGUACAUAAUCAAGCGUCGUCGUCAGCCAUGCAAGACUCCUGAUCAAGCUGCUGUCACAAGACCUCUUAUGGCCGCCGAUCUUGGAGCUGGACCAGCGCCGAGCGAUCCAGUUGACAUGCGACGUUUGAACUUCCAAACCCCCGGUAUGAUAAGCCAUCCACCAAUUCCGAUUUCGGAAUUCGCCAAUCACAUUGAACGCCUGAAAGCCAAUGACAAUCAGAAAUUCUCCCAGGAAUACGAAAGCAUCGAGCCGGGCCAGCAGUUUACCUGGGACAAUUCAAACUACGAGUAUAAUAAAAGUAAAAACCGUUACGCCAACGUGACCGCCUACGACCACAGUCGAGUUCAAUUGCCUUUAUUCGAGGGAGUUCUCGGAUCGGACUACAUCAAUGCGAACUACUGUGAUGGCUAUCGGAAGCAUAAUGCAUACGUGGCAACUCAAGGACCUCUGCAGGAGACCUUCGCAGACUUCUGGAGGAUGUGCUGGGAACUGAAGACAACCACCAUUGUCAUGAUGACUCGUCUGGAAGAGCGCACCCGCAUAAAAUGCGAUCAAUACUGGCCAUCACGGGGCACAGAAACCUACGGACAGAUGUUUAUCACAAUCACCGAGACCCAGGAGUUAGCCACUUACAGUAUUCGUACAUUCCAGAUCUGUCGUCAGGGCUUUAACGAUCGCCGUGAAAUCAAGCAGCUCCAAUUUACCGCCUGGCCAGAUCAUGGAGUUCCCGAUCAUCCAGCUCCGUUCUUACAGUUCCUACGUCGAUGCCGCUCACUCACUCCACCCGAUUCGGGACCGGUUGUUGUUCAUUGCUCUGCCGGAGUUGGUCGCACCGGUUGCUAUAUUGUGAUCGAUUCCAUGUUGGAACGUAUGAAGCACGAGAAGAUCAUCGACAUCUAUGGUCAUGUAACCUGUCUACGCGCUCAACGUAACUACAUGGUUCAGACCGAGGAUCAAUAUAUCUUUAUCCACGAUGCCAUCAUCGAAGCCGUCAUCUGUGGGAAUACCGAAGUUCCGGCUAGAAAUCUCCAUACCCAUUUGCAAAAAUUGGUUCUCACCGAAUCGGGCGAGAAUAUCACUGGAAUGGAAAUCGAAUUCAAGAAACUCUCCAAUGUCAAAGUCGAUUCGUCUAAAUUCGUUACCGCUAAUUUGCCAUGUAAUAAACAUAAAAAUCGUUUGGUUCAUAUUCUUCCUUAUGAAUCAAGUCGCGUUUAUUUGACUCCGAUUCAUGGCAUCGAGGGUAGUGAUUAUGUUAAUGCAAGUUUCAUUGAUGGCUAUCGUUAUCGAUCGGCUUAUAUUGCCGCUCAAGGGCCGUUGCAAGAUACGGCGGAAGACUUUUGGCGAAUGUUAUGGGAACAUAAUUCGACAAUUGUUGUGAUGUUGACCAAGCUCAAAGAGAUGGGAAGGGAAAAAUGCUUCCAAUAUUGGCCGCAUGAGAGAUCAGUAAGAUAUCAGUAUUACGUUGUGGAUCCUAUUGCCGAAUACAAUAUGCCACAGUAUAAGUUGCGUGAAUUUAAGGUGACAGACGCUCGUGAUGGUUCCUCUCGUACUGUUCGCCAAUUCCAAUUUAUUGAUUGGCCCGAACAAGGAGUACCGAAGUCUGGUGAAGGCUUUAUCGACUUCAUUGGGCAAGUGCACAAAACUAAGGAACAAUUUGGACAAGAUGGUCCAAUUACAGUGCAUUGUAGUGCUGGUGUUGGACGAACUGGUGUGUUCAUAACUUUAAGUAUUGUUUUGGAACGUAUGCAAUAUGAAGGUGUGUUAGAUGUUUUCCAAACGGUGCGAAUUCUUAGAGCACAACGACCUGCAAUGGUGCAAACAGAAGAUCAAUAUCAUUUCUGUUAUCGUGCCGCCUUGGAGUAUUUGGGUUCUUUUGAUAACUACACAAACUAAAGUUAUUUUGUUAUUUUGGUUCUUGUGUUAGACAAAAAUUCGAUGGUGUUACAUAUUAUUUUUACAUGCAUCUAUACAUAUAAAUAAAACGCUUUUCUGUGCUUCGUUCCGGGACUUAUUUGAACAUCAAGAAGGAGAAUAUCAAAUUAAAAAAAAACUGCCUGUGGAUGACAUUUAUAUAAUUUAAGAUUAUUGAUAGUUUCUUUUUGUGAUCAACAACAAAAGCAAAAGAAAAAAUUUAGGACAAUUUAUCAGAAUCUCAAAAAUUUCAGAAUCAAUUCUGAAAGUCUUUAUAUGUAUUAAAAAAUAUAAAAGAAUAAUUAAAAUAUCCUUUAAAUGCUCUUGGAACAACAAACUUAACACUCACACACACACAACACAAUACAACAAUUUAAUGAACAAAAACGUCUAGGAAUGUCUUUUAUGUUUUAAUGUACUAAAAGACUGUUAUACAUUAAUUUAAGAUCUAAAUAUUAUAUAUUAGAGAAGAAAACAAAAACAAGAACAAAAAAAAUAAUUAACUAUAAGUCUUAGUGAUUAGUUGUUAAAGUUGAUUUUAUAAUUCUUAAGUUUUUAUUUUUAGAAUAUAGUGAUUACAGGAUAAUUUAGUUGAAUGUUGUAAUUGAUUAACUGCCUCUAAUUUCUAUCUAAAUAUUAGUACCUACCUGCCUUUGUUUUGCUGCUAGUAAAAGACAAAUAUCAUAUAUAUUCCAAUAAUAAUCCAACACUGAAUUUUGAUAGAUUUUAAUUUAAUUUUAUUUCCUUUCAACUUGCCAGUUGAUGUGAUAGAUGCAAUUAUUUUAUUCAUAAUACGUCCUUUCCACUUUUGGGAUCUCAUUUUUUGAGAAUUUAAAUUGAUUCUUAUUUUAUUGGUUUGCCAAUAUUUAAAUAUUUUGCCCUUGCUUCGUUUAAAUUGAAACGGUUUUAAAUGAGGCUUAGACUAUUUUAUUUAAAACAAAAUUUUGUGUAUUUUAUUGUAAUGCAAAAUGUAGCCAUACAUAUCACUUAAUUCGGUUUAAAAUUGGUGUAAUCUUUUCAUGUAUAAGCAAUAUUAGUUUGUACUUGUAAAAGAAACAAAAAAUUUUAGUGUCAAUUGUAUUAAAUUUAAAUCAUUCCAUUAUGCUUACUUUUGAUUUAAGAUUGAAAAGAAUUUUAUUUUGUGUUCUAUUAAUUUAAGUAUUUUUUUAAGAAGCUAUUUCAACUAAAUUAUCCAUUUUAUAAUUUUAACGAAAAUGAUUGUGAAUAGUUUGAUAGUAAAAAAGAAAUUAAAACAAAAAAGAUAAUGGGCAACUUGCGAAUUUGUUAUUUUAAAAAACAUAUUAAAUUUAUUUUUUCCAAAUAAGCGCAUAUAAAUUUAAUUUUUUUUUGUAUUUUUGUUUUUCUUAAAUUCAAUGACUGGCAACUAUUUUUGUACUUAGAGAAAUUUAUUGUUUACAAUUUGUUUUUAUUUUACAUAACAAUUAAAUAUUAUUGUAAUAAGUAAAGCUAUAGCAAUACAAAUACAAAAUGUAAAAUAAAACAAAAACUGUAAAAAAUACACCAAUGUUGUAAAAUAAACAAUAUACCUAUACCUUAACUCUGUAAAAAGCUAUGUUGUUACAUACCAGAAAUUUAUAUAUAUACAAUAUAUGAAAAAAGCAUUUACUAGAUAUUAAUUUUUAUACAAAACAAAACAAAAAACAGAAAAUGGUAGAAAUUUAAGUUGUAAUCUUUUAGAGAAUAGAAAAGUUGAAUGGAGUAAAAGUUCAUUAUUAUCAUUUUAAAACAUUACUUCCAAACAGUCACCUCAGCCUUUGCUUACAGAGCUUAGAUACCAAUGUAUAUCCAACCAAUUCGCCAAUCUAAAGAGUAAUUGAAAGUUCUUGUUAAAAAGAAUUUCUCACCUAGGCUGCGUUUUUUUUAACAUAUUUUAAUUGAACAGGGAAAUAAUUUACAAAAUUUCAUGCUUAGCUGGCAAUGCAUUAAGAGCAAAGGAAUAGAGCUUCUAUGUAUGUAUAUAUACAUAAUUAGACAUAAGCCUUUUCGUCUUUUCUAUUUUGAAUAGAGUCUUAAUAAAUUCUUAUGCACUGUUUCCUCCUUUGAUUCGCUUCUCUUUGGAGCCGAAUAAAAUCGACAAUAAGUUUAAAAAAAAUGAAUAUUUAGUUUCUUUUCGUUUUGCUUCUGCAAUGAAGAAUAAAAUAGGAAAUUAAAAAUGGAAUGGAGAGGUUUUUUAAAAUCAGACGAUAUUAAACAAACUUUGUUUUAGAAAAAUGUCAUUAAUUUGUCAACUUCUAACAAUAACAGGACUUAUUUCGAAUAACGCGCUUUUUGGGCUUUAAAAGUGUCAACUUUUGUAAUUUGUAAAGCAAAAAUUACGCAUGGAAAUUAGUAAAAUUUUCGGGAGUUAUCUUUCUUGAAGAGGUGAUCAGAAUUGGAAGACAAGAUCUUAUGGUUAAACACAUUUAGACUUUUUUCUAUUGAGCCUCUUCUAAAAUAUAGUCUACGGUAAUUCUCUCUGCGAUGGUGAUGGAAAAAUUUCAUGAAAAGGACAUGGUGCUGCAACUUUAGUCGCAAAGGCCAUUUGGUUGAUAUCGUUUCCCAUUGUUAGUAACACAUCUUUUUUCUUUAUAAAAAAAAUAAACAUCCAUGAAUUUCAUCAAAAAAGAAGUUCUUUUUAGACCCUUUUCGAAUGCUCUAUUAGAGUAUUACAGAAAUAAAUAGUAUGAAACUAUUAUCUAAAAAAUGUUUAGUUUAAAAAUCCAUCCCUGUUAACUGAGGUUUCUUGCUUCAAUUCACACAGAAAAGAAUAUGUGUACAUAUAGUUCGCAAGACAUAAAUUUAGGAGCUCAGAACCUUAAUAGGGGUUUUUAACUAAUAAAGUAUAUUAGUUAGGCUGUUUGAUUAUCAUGGCGUCAUAAACAAUUAUUAUUUUAUUUACAUUUAACAUAUUACCGUCAUUUUGAACUCCUUUAACUUUGAAUCGCUUUCUUUAAAAGAUAACAACUUAAAUUCACCUACCCUAUCCAUAAAGUUAAAGCAUGCAAUAGUUGAUCAAUACACACACCAGAACAAAUGAAAAAGAACAAACAAAUAAAUAAAUACAUAUAUUUAAAAAUUUAAACAAAAAAAUCCAUUAUAUUAAGUGUUAAUUUUUAAGAUAUUUAAUUAUAAGCAUAAAUAAGUUUUGAUAAAUUUAAUUAUUUAAAAAAUGUGCGCAAAUUUUUCCCCUUUUUUACAUUUUAGAUUUAAUUUUUUUCUAAAUAAUUAUUAAUGUAUAGGUAUGCUGUUUAAACAAUAAAAUAAAGAUGCCAUUAUAAUAUUAAAAUAUUUUAUUGUUUUUUUUUUUGUUUUUUUUUUUCAUUUUUAUUUGUUUAUUUUUUUAGCCCACAACGAAUUAUCAUAUCAGUUUUUACAAGAUGUAAUUAUAUUUAGGUAUAUUAUAUUUAAUGUGAAGAGCAACAAAAGAAAAAAUUAUGUGAAAUUUUGUAUAGUUUUUAGAAUUGGAAUUAUCAAUAGAUAGAAUAUUUUAGAGGUGCUAUGCAUUAAUUCAAAAGUCAGUUUAGUAUUCGAAUAAGAUGCUGGCUUCUUAUUUUAUUAUUUUGUAUUCUUUUUGUUUGAAUACGUUCACUUUCAAAAAUUUAAUAUUGAUAUCUUAAGAUUUUCAAAAAACAAAUAUUAACUUCUCAAGAACACUAAAAUUAUUGUUCGAAAAAAAAUAGCUUUGUCACAUUUCGAGUCAAUAGAAAGUGUUAAUGACAUGCUUUUAAUUUUGUAUCCACUUGGGUUAAUCGUUUUUGAAACAAAACAAACUUAUUCGGUUUUUUAAAGUUAUAUCGAUUACUUGCUUCAAGCACAUCUGUUUCGUCAAUUUAAAAGUUCUUUCAAUACUGAACCUAAGUACAUACUAAUCUAAGAAAUCAGCAACGUUUUAACUUAGGUUUAAUCCUAUCCUUUUUACCCGUGUUUUUAAUCUUUGAAUGUUUAAGUUAGCCAACAUUUUAAAGAAAAAAUGUUUUAUAAAUUUUCUUAUUUUUAACAAUCAUUUCUUAAAAACUUUUCUUUACUAAGAUACACAGAUUUCAUCCGGAAGGAAAAAUAGAAGUGUAGAUUUACCAUCUUGGUUAAAAAAUGUCUGAUUUUUUAAAAUAGGAAUAAAAUAGUGGACCAUUUCAUAUUCCUAAUUCAAAAGGGAAAUGAGGAAAUGCUGAAAAGUGCAGUUUUUAAAAAACUGUAUGGUUUCGAAAAAAAAGCUAAAGCACGUUGCGUCGUUUUGAUAUCAUAAUCCGCAGCUAGACACACAUUUUUUAAGUGGUGAAACCAAAUAAUCAGGCCAUAGAUUCUAUAAAAAUCAAGAACGUUUAUUUGUUUUUGCAUUAAAGACAGUUAACAUUCCAACAGAAGUCUGUAAUUUAAAUUUCCGAAAUUUCCUUAUUGUAUGUAUUAUCAUUCUAAAAAAAAAAGCAGGAAACUUACAAGGGAAAUGAAACAUUGUUUCCUUUUCGGAUUGAACAGUGCAACUACGGUUGCGAUAGUGAAUAUUUUCUAAGGAAUACUCCUCUCUUCCAUAUAUCCGUCAGAAAGGCAAAGGUAGAAAACAUCUUUAUGGACACAAAUGCUAUCGGUUAAACUGCUCCCACGAGUAUGUGGAUAAAAAUCAAUGAAAUUCUGUUUUAAUAGCACCAAGAAUGCAACAUAUUGACAAUGAAGGAAGGUGUUUUAUUUUUGGUAGUAAACAGCAUCAGUUCAGCUUUGUGGUCUUUUUUACAUCUACUUUUUACGUCUACAUUUUUGAAAAUAUUUUCUUAAACUUAUCAUAGCCCCAGCAAUGAGAAUACGUAUAAUAUGUGAAUAUGUCUUUGAUUGACUACUCUAGCUUCCUUCAGUUCGGUUUCUAGUUCGUUCUCAAUUUUUUUUGGAUCAUUUAGGAUAGAAAAUUCCUCUGUUGCAAAUGCCAUAAUUUAGAGAUUAAAAGCCUCUGCGGACAAAUGGCAUUUCCUCAUAUCAAUUAUCCAGGCGGUGUGCUCUGCAAGAGUAAGUGUUAUAUCCUAGAAUGGAAACAAUUAAAAAAAUAUCUUGAUCUUCUGAAUUUAAAAAUCUAUAGAGGCUUCAUUGCUCAACAGGAAAAAUACUACCUAUGCAGUGGAAAGGUUAUUAUCAUAUCUAUUUUUUUCUAAUUUUAAUUGGUACGCUGGUAUUCUAAUGUUUUUGAACUUGGAAUAUGAAUACUUACACUUAUAGAAGACUAAUUAAAUUGUGAAUGGUCAAUAACGCUUUUCUAAUCAUUUAAAUUUAUUUUGUUAAAGUUCAAAAACGAUUAACAUUUAAAAAAAUAUUUUGUUCCAAGUCUUGUUACUUUUCCAUUUGAACUUAGAACCAUUUUUAUCUCAUAUAGAUAUGCAUCAGGAUUGCCCAAAAUACACGUUCAUCUAUCAGUUUAAUUUUUACAGAGAUGAUCGCCACAGGAAAAAUAUUCACAGCUUACCGGAAAAUAUAUUCGUUUUUAUAUUUCAUCCUCUUCGUUUUUCAUUUGUUUGUUCAUUUUUAUUUUGAAUACAAAAAUAUACUUUAAAAUUUUUGAGUAAAGUCUAAAAAAAAUCUACUAAAAUAUGAGUAAUAUUAUAAUCUAGAAAAUCUAUUAAACAAAAAUGCCUCUCGUGUUAAAUAAACAAAAAAAAAAAUAAUAAUAAUA